AUGAUGAACCAAUACUUAAAAGAGUUAGAACAGGAUCCAUUUGAUCCUGAUGAAUUCGUGGAGAGAAUGGUGCGCCGCAGCAUGCAAGAGAGCCGGUUACAGGAUGAUCAAUUUGAUCCAGAAAUGAUACACGACAUAUUUACCCAAGCUAUACAAGAUUUAAAAGUACUUCAAGAAAGACAAGAAAGGAAAUGUUCUAGAUUAGAACAAGCAGUUCAAGAAGAAGAAAAAUCAUAUAUGGCAAAACUUGCUGAAAUAAUGGACCAGCAUUCUCAUUGCGUCAAUGUAUUUAGCUCAUUAGAUGAAAGGAUGUCACGGUGUGGAGGGAGAGCUUUAGAUAUAGGAGAAAAACUAGGUGCAGCUAGGGCUCCCAGGGCAAGGGCUGCUGCUGCAAGAGAUUUGCUAUCACACCUUACGAACUUUCUUAGUCCUGGACCAGUUCUUACUGAAUUAUUUAAUGACCCAAGAAAGUUAAACGAAGCGGCAGAUGUCAUACAAAAAUUAUAUACAAUUUCUCAAGAACUUCCACCUGAUAAAUUUGAAGUUGCCAGAAAGAAAAUAGAGGCAAAAUAUGAUGAAAUUGAGAGGAAUCUUAUAGAAGAGUUCGUAAAAGCACAGAAUCAGAAUAAUAUAGCAAAGAUGAAGGAUAUUGCUAAUAUCAUGACUAAUUUUAAAGGAUAUUCACAAUGUGUAGACGCUUUUAUUGAAACUAGUCAAAUGAACACUCUACUUGGGAAGGAUAUAUUUUCUGCAGUACUUCCCCUGUGUAAGAAAAACUAUACAGUUAUUAGUAAUGUGUUCCCUAACCCAGAUCAAGUGAUGAGUAAGUUUGUGUUGAACAUCUUCCACCUUAAACUUCAGAAGUAUGUACAAACGAAAUUGGCGGACAAGAAUGACUUGGAGAAAUAUUUACGCAACUUAUAUGACAUGUACACUGGUACACAAAGAGUAUGUGACGAGUUGGUAACAGCUAAUCUAGUGUCAGCAGAUGGGAAUAGUUCUACUGGAGACCUCCGUAGAGAAGCUCUCAUCAAUGGGGCAAUGGCUGGUACCACAGAUGGUUACCCAGCGUUGGAGAUACGACGCCUCAAAGCAGUGCUUUCCAAUGCCUUAAAUGCAUACUAUACUGAGAAACACCAUGUCAAAAAGCAAAUACAGGGUGGAGGUUUUCAGGAGCUAAGACGUGACCUUCAAGCUGUAAUCGGAACUCGAGCGAACAUAAACAUUGCGCAGAUUGAAAACUAUGGCGGCGAAACAUUUCUUAGUGAACAACUCGUUCAAAAGAUGUUGAAUGAUGCAAAAACAUCUUUUACUAGAUGUAAGACUUUAUGCACUGCAAACGAGUUGCCGGGUACGACGCUCGCGCUACUGGACACACUCGUCCACCACCUGCUCAUGGAGCACGUGGACUACGCGCUCGACCUCGGCCUCCAGUCCAUACCCAUAGCGGAGAAUAAAUCCCCACCACAGAUUUAUUUCUUUGACACGGUAAAUCAAGCGAACAAAAUAGUGAAGAUGUUUGGAGAACACUUUCAAGAAUGUGUUCUACCUUGUAUGAGUAAACAAGGAGAAUGUAUACAGAAAAAGAACACAAUAAUGGAGCAAUUAGAAAAUAAAUUGGAUGCGGGUCUAGAACGAGCGAUAUCCGCCAUUGUGGGCUGGGUCAAACUGCACCUUCAGACGGAACAGAAGAAAACUGAUUUCAAACCCGAAGGAGAUAUUGACACCCUGGCGUCGUCUGCGUGUCUGGCAGUCGUAUCGUACUUAAAUACGGUGAUGGAUAAGAUCCACACGGAAUUAGAAGGUGAAAAUUUGAAUGCCGUGUCGUUGGAGCUCGCCGUGCGUCUCCACCGCGUCAUAUAUGACCAUUUGCAAAACUUCCAAUUUAAUUCUGCGGGUGCAAUGAUAGCGAUAUGCGACGUGAAGGAGUACCGGUCGGCGGUGUGCGGACGCGCGCGCGCCGCGCCGCCGCCCGCGCACGCGCUGUUCGACGCGCUGCACGCGCUCUGCAACCUGCUGCUGGUCAAGCCGGAGAACUUGCACCAGGUCUGCGAGGGGGAGACCUUGGUGGAGUUGGAUCAGUCAAUCUUACACAACUUCAUACAAUUGCGCUCCGAUUACAAGACUAAUAAGUUAUCAAGCUUUCUCAAGGGACUGUCG